AUGCAUUACAGAAUAAGAUUAUUAAAAUCGGUUUGUCAUCUUCUGUUUAUUUCAUUUAUUUUAUUUUUAUUUAUUUAUUUUAUUAAAUCAUCAUAUCAACAAAAUGAUGAAUUUAUUUUAUCAUCAAAUAAAAAUUAUCAAAUAAUAUCAGGUGUAAUUACAACAUUAAUUAAAAGUACACAUGAAUCAAUUAAUAUGGCAAUUAAUAUGUUACAUUCAAUUGAAUAUCAUUAUAUAAAUUAUUCAUUAUAUCCAAUUAUUAUAUUUCAUGAUAAAAAUUUAACAAAUAAUCAAAAAUUAAAAAUUCGAUCUUGUGUUAAAAAAUUAAAUUUUACAUUUGAAUUAGUUGAUUUUGAUCGUCUAUAUAAUUCCAGUACAAAAAUAACAAUGAUGAAUACAUCGUAUGAUCGAGGUAUUGGCUACCGUUUAAUGUGUCGAUUUUGGGUAAAGUUUUUCACUAAAUAG